AUGGCAAACCGAGCUCUCCCGCAGACUCUCAAGUCUAUCACUGCCACGAAAAUCAGUGAACUCUCCAAGCAGCGCGCUCUGUUCGAUCUGCGAAAAACCGAGAUCCUUGCCGUUGCCAAUGCAGCCCCAGAUCUACGAACCCGUGCUCAGGCUUUGCUGGAUGGAAUCUCACGCAUGAAAGGGUACCCUAAGGAUACGCUCGACAAAAAUGACGUGGAUCUAGAUGCCGAUAUCUCGGAGGAGGAAUUGGAAGAGAAACUCACAUCACGGACGGUCGGUCGCUUGCAGCCAGAGGAUCAUAGGAAUAUGCGUCACUUUCUUCUACAGAGUCGCUACGACCCUUCCAUCUCACAGGCAGCUCUACAGGAUCGCGUCACUCAACUUGAAAAAGAGUUGCGGUAUCUUGAGAUAAAGCAUGAGCAUGGUGAGUUCUACAGCAAGUUGGUUACGGAAUGGCUUUCGGACUUAGAUGGAAGCAUUACUGCCACUGCAGAUAAAACUAAAUCCACCGAGUCCGACCCCAACCUUGAAAAGACUGGGCGAGCAGAAAUGCAUGAGCAACGCGCGACUUGGGAGUCCUUGAUUUUUACUCCUGCGACCCAUGUGAAUGAAGACACAAUCCGGUCAUACCUUAAUGAUCUUUUCACCAAGACCAAGCUUUCUGAGCAGGCACUCAAGGACCUCCGAGCAAGUAUCCAAUCGUUUGGAGCAGAACUAUCCUCAAAGGGUCGGUGGCUCGAUGUAGAUGAACUCCAGUGGGUCUCUCAGGCACUGCUUAAGGCCGACCUCCUUGGAGACGAAAAGUCUGCAAUUCUGAAAGAGUGCAUGCGGAACAAUGAGGUUACCCAGGAGGUGGCAGAUGUGCUCAACAUGCGCAUUGCCUCGCUCGAAAGCUGGACCUGGACCGGAGCCGCAGAUGGUAUCCCUGUUGAAAUGCGCCGUCAUCUCAACGGUAAAUACCGGGUUUUCAUGGACGAAGACCUUCUUGACGCUCUUCUGCUACAGUACCUCGGGACAACGUGGGCUGUGAAGCUGCGGGAAGUAUUUAAGACAUUCCUAUACUCCAACGCCUGGAAGGUCCCUCAUGAGGAUAUCCCCGAAGACCAUAAGGAAAUGCGCAAGUACUUUCUUGGCCGAGAUGCGAACUCGCACUCUGGCAAGAUCAACGAAAUUCGAAAGGAGACAUACAUCGACAAAUAUUUCAUGAGCCAACUGCCCACUUCAACCGAUGAAGGUGCACGGCAGUAUGACGAGGAGAACCCCGGCCAAAAGAAUCCCCUGGAUACAAAGCACUCCCUGCUCCACCUCCUAAUCACAGAAUCAAUCAUCCAUAAACAUCAGCAUGGAGAGUUUACUGCAGUCCGCUCGGACUUUGAGUGGUUUGGCCCUUCAAUGCCCCAUGUCACUUUGCUCGCCGUGCUCAAGUUCUUUGGGGUUUCCGAUCGAUGGCUCCAAUUCUUUGUGUUGUUCCUGGAGGCUCCUCUCAAAUUUUCCCAAGAUGGACCUGAUGCCACUAUUCAAGUUCGCAAGCGUGGCCUUCCAAUAAGUCACACACUCGCUGAUUGCCUCGGAGAAUCCGUUCUCUUCUGUAUGGACUACGGAGUCAAUCAAGCUACAGAUGGCGGUUUCCUGUACCGGCUGCAUGAUGACUUCUGGUUCUGGGGCGCAGAAAACACUUGCGUCAAAGCAUGGCAGGCAAUGGAGCAGUUUACUCAGGUGAUGGGUCUGAAGUUGAACCAGGAGAAGACUGGAACUGUUCAAAUGGGCCUGAAGAAGACCAUGAAACAGUCAGCUCUUCCCACCGGUGAUAUCCGCUGGGGCUUCCUUGUUCUAGAUUCGGAGCAAGAACGAUUCAUAAUCGACCAGGCCCAGGUCGAUAAGCAUAUCGAGGAGCUUUUACUACAGCUCUCGUCCUGUAAAAGUGUGUUCACUUGGGUACAGGCAUGGAACACCUACUUCGGCCGUUUCUUUACGAAUAACUUUGCAACACCAGCUAUUUGCUUUGGUCGGGACCAUAUCGACAUGGCAAUUUCCACCAUGAGCCGCAUCGAGCGCACACUAUUCGACAAAACCUCAGACGAUAAAAGCCCAUCCGCUCAAAUUAGUGGCGUGACUGACUAUCUACGCACUGUGAUAGCAGAUAGAUUCGACAUGCACGAUCUCCCGGAUGGAUUCUUCUAUUACCCUGUUGAACUCGGCGGCUUGGAGCUCCUGAAUCCCUUCAUUAGACUUCUCGCUAUGCGUCACAACAUCAAGCAGACCCCCCGGAAGCUACUGCACAAGGCUUCACUGAAGGAUGAGAAAGAAUACGAGGCAGCCAAGGAGAAGUUCAAGAGAAACGGCGCUGAUGCUGGCAGCAGAUCUCGGAGCAAAUGGAGCACCGAAAACAAGCCAUUCAUGUCCCUGGAAGACUACACCCGGUAUCCAGAAACAUUUAGUGAUUCUCUUGUGGACGUGUACACGCAAUUGACCGAGGUGCCGAGCGAGACGAGCGUGGAGCAGAGUUUGGGCUUCGAAAGGGAGCAAGAUGCCCUGAGUCGGCAGUCCUCCGAAGGUCCUAUCACUUGGACAAUGACUCCCUACUGGUCCUGGGUGGCGGAGUUGUAUCGCCAGGAGAUGACUCGUACUUACGGUGGCCUGGCUGCGGUCAAUCGCGAGUUCAUGCCACUGGGUGUUGUGAAAACCCUCCGGGAGGGUAAAUUCAGAUGGCAGGGCUGA